ACCCGGAAGUAGAGUGAACUAUGUGUCAUUAACAACAGAGGAAGCAGCAAAUGUUAAAAUAACAGUUACGGGCUGGUAUUGUCAUUAUUUACUGUAUAGUUUAAUAAAAAUAAGAAAAACGAGUUUGUGAGCAGCUUGUCAUCAGCUUUUUACGGUGCAGUAGGAUUUACAAUCUUAUAAACAGGACUGUUAGCCAGCGGGCUAACUGGCUAUUUGCUCCGGUCCUAACGGGACGGAAUAAAGAUGUCCUGCAGCUUGUUGGAGUUUUCUCGGGUUCAAGAGCUGAAAACGGUCAGAGAUUACUUGUUCCAGAGCCAGAAAACCGACCCACAAGAGAAAGACCAAACAGCAGAAAACGAGCUGUCUUGGGACACCUCUGACUGGGAGUCAGCAUGGGACAAUGAUGCCAACAAAGAGGAGGAUGGCGCUUCUCCAACCACAGAAGAAGAUGACAGUACUGCCCAGACUGCACCCUGGCUGCAGGACUGCGUGGUGUCCAUGUCCUCCUGCGCAGACCUCCUGGUGGUGGCCCGUGAACACAAAGCUGUCUUCCUCUCAGCAAAGUGGCGAACAGAUGACAGUGGCAGAGAGGAAAUGACCCUGGCUGUGUCUUGGACCGGAACUCUCUGUACAGAUGAUGGGGAGUGUGUUACCAGCUCCAUCUGUAUACCUUUGGCAAGCCAAAAGAGGAGUUCCACAGGGCGGCCUGAUUGGACAUGUGUGGUUGUGGGUUUCACCUCUGGUUAUGUGCGCUUCUACACAGAGAACGGCGUUCUGCUCCUGGCCCAGCUGCUGCAUGAGGACCCGGUACUGAGGCUCAAGUGCCGCACGUAUGAGAUCCCCCGCCAUCCAGGAGUAACUGAGCAACACGAGGAGCUGAGUAUCCUCUAUCCUGCUGCUCUGGUCACCAUCGAUGGCUUCAGCCUCUUUCAGUCUCUGCGUGCCUGCAGGAAUCAGGUGGCAAGAGCGACAGCAGCAGGCAGUGACAUGAUCCAGCCGCCUCCACUGGCCUAUAAGAAAUGGGGUCUGCAGGAGAUGGACACCACUGUGGACCACUGCAGUGUGGGCGUUAUGACACUGUGUGUGUUUGACCAGCUGAAAAACGCCUCUAUCCUGGGGGGGUUCAGCGCAUCAGUUAAAGGAAGCCCUCCCGCCAUGAGCCAGUAUGUCGCUGUAGGAGGUGGGCCUUACGCAGGCUUUUACUACGCAACUGAGGGAAGCUCCCAGCCUCUCCUCUCUCAUGUGGCUCUGGCUGUAGCCAGUAAACUCACCUCAGCCCUCUUCAAUGCUGCAAGUGGCUGGUUAGGAUGGAGACAAAAGAAUGAAGAAGAGUCUGCUCAGAAGCAAAAGCCCAAAGUGGAGCCUGCAACACCACUGGGGAUCAGAUUUGGUCUCCCAGACUCACGUCGCCACGGUGAGACCAUCUGUCUUUCCCCAUGUAACACACUGGCUGGAGUGACAGAUGACUUUGGUCGAGUCACUCUGCUGGACCUGGCUAGGGGAAUCGCAAUCCGCAUGUGGAAAGGUUAUCGAGAUGCACAGCUGGGUUGGCUGCAGGUUCCAGAGGAGCGGGGUGAUCGAGAGUUCUCCCCAUCUUCUUGUCUUCCCAGACGCCACGCCCUAUUCCUGGUUAUCUACGCACCCCGCAGGGGGAUCCUGGAGGUGUGGGCAAUGCAACAGGGGCCCCGAGUAGGAGCCUUCACCGUGGGCAAACACUGCAGGUUGCUGUAUGCUGGCUACCACCUGAUGGGAGUAAACAGUAUGACCAGUCAUGGCUGGCAGCUCCACACCCACCAGGUGUGUCUCCUGGAUCCCACCACAGGAACACUGCGGACUGUAGGUGUCCCCUUCCACCUGGCCCUGAGUGAUAAGAAAAGUGAACGAGCAAAAGACAUGCACCUGUUAAAGAGACUGAUGAAUAUACUAAGGAGUAGACAGAUAGAACCUGAUAUCUUAGAGAGUGAAGCCAAAAGUCUGCUGCUUGAUAUCAGACACACGGCAAUUAAAAAGCAGGCUUUGGAGUCUCUGCUGUCUCAUAGUCGUGCUCCUCUGUCUUGUCUUACGAAUGUCACAUGUGCCUUAUAUGACACUCUCAAGGAACAAGAUCCUGACUCAGUGGAUCCAGCAUUAGUUCAGCUCUGCUCUUCUCAGCUGAAGUUGCUUCAGCUCUACAGUGACAUCCAGCAGCUUCAUUGUUCUGAGGAUAUUGAUGCGUGCUCUGAAGCUCUGGACUGUCUUGUUAGCGUUGAGGAUGAGUUGGUCCGCCUUGGUCCCACAUUGAAGCGUUACACCCAGCUCACCUCGAGGCCCACCGUUUCUUUUGUCCAGGACUCGCCCGACUCGCCCUUUCCUGUCCAGGCUUUUCUCUCCCAGAUGGAAUACUCUGAGGAUGGGAAGUUGAGGGUAACCCAAAAAACUGAAGCUGAAUGGAACCAUCUUGGGAGCUUCAUGUUCUGGGGUUGCCUGUGUGGAGAACGUCCUGUCCAUAAAGUCUGUGAUACACUACAGCAAGCUGGCAUCAGUCCACAGCAGCUGUUGUCUUUAUUACUUGGUGUGUGGCUGCAAAGGGAGAAGGAGGUGCUUCAAUAUCCAGAGGAAUUUGUUAGAAACCUACACACACUCCUCGUCACCCUCAGCAACAUGAAAGGUGCGGUAGAGGACUCGUGGGACCCCCAGUCCAUCUCUCCCUGGUGGCAGCAGGUCCGCUGUACGUGCAUCCAGUCCCACAAUUCUGCCGCUGCUCUGCUGGCUGCAUUUGUAGCUUAUAGCGCCGCUACCUCCAGCAUUUCCAGGCGUGUGGAGAAGCUGCAGUCGGAGUGGGAGGCGGUGUCUCUGGAGAUCGAGCAGUGGGUGGUGUGUGUUCGCCAGCUGGAGGAUGUACUGGUACUGCAGACUCUGCUGUUAACACCGCCGGAACAGGGACCAGCAGGAGGCGCUGUAGCACAGUGCUCCAUCAAAGCACUGCUGGAGGGAGGAAGAGGUGGCGUCGCUGACAGUGUCUCCAAGUGGGUGUUCAGACACGGUUUGGCUCCUCAGCGGCUGAAGCAGAUUCUCCAAACGGCAGAAGAUAAAAAGGGAACUGGCAGCAUGGAAGAAGGAGGAGGUGCAGGAUCAGCGGCAGAGGACAACAGUCAAGAGGAUGCAGAAAGGACGGCAGCGCUGUUGGUGGCGGUGUGUCAGCGGUUUCCACAUUCCCUCUCACAUGACUUCCUCUUCGCCCACUGCUGCUGGGAAUAUGUGGUGCAGUGGAACAAAGACCCUGAGGAGGGUCAGUACUUGUGUUUGGCGGUGGAACAUUUGAAGCUGGUCUCCAGUCCACAUAUCCAACUUGGUAUUUCGGCUAUGAUGUGGAGCACGUUCAUUGUCAAACAUUUCUCAGCGGCAGCCUUCCUCAUCGAAAAGGUGGGGAAAGCACCAAAAGACCGCUUGUGUCGAAGGGAUGUUGGGAUGGGAGACAGAGCCAUGACGUGUUUCUUAGGCUGCUGUGUCCAGCUGCUCCAGGUCCUCAUGGAGGCAGACUCUGCGGUGGAGGAGGUUCCUCCUCCGGAGCUGUCUGUGGAGGAGGUGUGGUGUGGGGCAGAGGGUCGCGCCUCCAUAGCAGAACUGGCCCUGGAGCAGAGGGGCAUCCACUACCCGCUGGUCCAGCAUCACUGCCUGCUGGCCUCCCUGCUGCACGCGGCCGUGACCUUUGGUCUGAGGGUCAAACCUCUCAGCCUGUUUGAUAGCAAGGGCAAGAACGCUUUCUUCAGAGAUCUGACCACUAUCCAGCUGAUGCCCAGCAGGGACAUGGAUCCAGCCCUGGUCUCACUACGACAGCAGUUCCUGCUGCAGGUGCUGACCAGUUGGGUGCAGGCCAUCGAUGAUCCAUCCAGCUCAGCCUCUGGCCUAGAUUGCUCCCCUCUGCCCUCUAGUGGCCCGAAGGCUGACUGGUGGCCGUCACUGUGUCUGGAGCUGGCGUCCCUGCUGCAGGUCGACCCCGACGUCCUGCGACGUCACCUCGUCUGUGAGCUCUACAGCCAGGGCCUGGACCUCCGGGCCGAGGAGGCCAUGUUGGAGGUUGAAGAUAAAGACGUGUUGGGCUCCCAGCUGCUGGUGCUGUCCGGACAGAGACUCAGCUACCUGCUGCUGCACAGUCAGAGUCAAACGCAGGCCGCCAUGGAGCUGCUGGCCCGCCUGCCCCCGAUGCUGUGCACGUGGCUCAAAGCCAUGGACCCCAGUGAGCUGAGAUGCCCCCUGGUGCCCCUGAGCCGGAGCAGCCGGCUGGUCAGUCGUCUGAUUGAAAUGCUCCCGGAGAACCACGGCCAGUACAGCCUGGCUCUGCACCUCCUGGAGGCCACGGAGGUCGUCAGCACCGAGGACUGACCAGCAGGGGGCAGCGUGAGGGGACACAGAGAGCUCGAUGUGAAGCCAACAGAGUGCAUUUGUGUGCACGCAGGAGAAGAUGCUCGAGGUCCUCUCAGAUAUCAUAGACACUCUGCUCUUCACCUUACGUUAAAUACGUUGAAUUCAUCCUCGCAGAACAUCGUUUAACCUCAUCACAUUUACUGAACAUGGAAGAUGAAUUAUACAGAACAUGUGAUAAUAAAAUGUUCUUUGACAACUGAUCGAGGACAAUUUCAUGUUCAUUUGUCUGCUAAAUAGGAUUUUGUCCGUUUAGGAACAUGAAUUUAAUUUUUAAGUCACCCUGCUCCGAAAUAUCUUUUAAUCUCUUCAGUAUGUUAGAAACCUGCCAUAUGACAUCACAAAGACCUGUAUGUUUGGACUUCCUGCCUUAUGAUGUCGCAAGGACCUACAGCGCGCUCCUCUUUCAGCUGGUGGUUACUGCACUGGCUGAGGGACGCGCUCUGUGUGCUGCUUCUGAUUUUGUCUUUAUGACCAGUCUUUUGUGAUAUUUUGUGCCAUAUUACAUCUGUCCAACUUGCUCCUUCCCAUUUCUUCUCAUGUAUAACAGUGAUUAUUUUCAAUGGAUGCUAUAUUAUAUUCUGUCUGUUGACCUGUUCAAGGUAUAAUUCCACCUCUUCACCGGUCAGCUCUGACAGUCUCCGCCCCUUGGCAUGAGUGUGGAUAAAGUAUAUUUUGUAUAUAUGCA